AUGGGCUUCUUUGACAGAAAGAGCAAGGAAUCUAGUCGUCCAGACUCAUUGGACGCUACCUCACCCGACGAGCUUCAAUCCUCCGAAAAGCUCGACGAGGCACAGGUUCGCGCCGCAUCUGUCAUCUCUGGCGACGAGAAGGCAGUAGCAGGAGUUGAAUCCGAUGCAACACAGAACGACGGAGAAGAUCCCGAUGUCCAAUAUCCUACUACUUUCAAGCUCACCCUCAUCACCAUUGCUUUGUGCUUAGCGGUGUUCUGUAUGGCUCUGGACAAUACGAUCAUCGCAACCGCAAUUCCCAAGAUCACAGAUCACUUCAAGGCAAUUGACGACAUCGCUUGGUACGGAUCAGCUUACCUUCUUACGACAUGUUCCUUCCAACUAUUCUUCGGCAAGCUCUACUCGUUCUUGAGCUUGAAAUGGGUCUUCCUCACGGCGCUGUUCAUUUUUGAGCUUGGCUCUUUCCUUUGUGGUAUCGCUCCAAGUUCGACAGCACUCAUUGUUGGGCGCGCCAUCGCUGGCGUCGGCUCUGCUGGUCUGUUCUCGGGAGCCAUCCUGAUCGUCGCAAACUCCGUACCUCUUCGAUCAAGACCAACAUACACUGGUCUCAUUGGUGCCAUGUACGGUCUCGCUAGUGUAGCAGGUCCAUUGAUGGGCGGUGCUUUCACUGACCACCUCACUUGGCGUUGGUGUUUCUACAUCAAUCUACCCUUUGGCGCUGUCACUGGCAUUUUCAUCGUCUUCUUCUUCAACCCUACCAAGAGCGCAAAGAAGCUCUCCGUUGGCUGGAAGAACCGUCUUAUGGACUUUGAUCCCGCUGGCACUGUCGUCUUCUUGCCCAUGAUCAUCUGUCUCUUGCUAGCCCUCCAAUGGGGUGGUAGUACAUAUGCUUGGAGCAACGGUCGCAUCAUUGCCCUCUUUGUGGUCUUUGGCGUCCUCUGUGCCAUCUUCAUCACUGUUCAGUUCUACGUCGGAGAUAAGGCCACCAUCCCAAUCCGUGUCAUGAAGCAGCGUUCUGUUGCAGCCAGCGCCUGGUAUGGUGUGGCUCUCGGCGCUGCAUUCUUUUUGUUUGUAUACUACCUGCCUAUCUGGUUCCAAGCCAUCAAGGGCGUCUCCGCCACUAAAUCUGGAAUCAUGUCUUUGCCCAUGAUCCUUGGCGUGGUGAUUAUCUCAAUCAUCGCCGGAGGACUGGUCACCACGUUUGGCUACUAUACACCUUUCAUGAUUACUUCAUCAGUAUUCAUGGCCAUUGGCUACCAAGCCCUCUUCGGCAUCGGCGUCGGCAUGGGCAUGCAACAAACCCUCAUCGCCGUACAAACCGUCCUUCCCGCCGCUGACAUCCCCACCGGCACUGCCAUUGUCAUGUUCUUCCAAACCCUAGGCGGCGCCCUCUUCAUCUCCGUCGGCCAAAACGUGUUUACCAACAAACUUGUUUCUGGUCUCAAAGCCGCUGUGCCCGAUCUAGAUCCGGCGAUUGUGCUGCAGACUGGCGCUACGAAUCUCAAGAAUGCCAUUAGUGUACAGUAUCGUGAUGGAGUGCUUCACGCUUACAACGAUGCCUUGACGAAUGCUUUUUAUGUUGCUGUUGCGCUUGCCACGCUUUCUAUCGUGGGGUCUUUGGCUGUGGAGUGGAAGUCUGUCAAAGGCAAGAAGAUUGAAAUGAUGGCUGGAUGA